CGCGGUGGUUGCGGAGAUUUGACUGCUGCACGGCAUGGCCCAUUUCUCCAGCGAGGAUGAGGUGAUGCUACAGGCGAUGCUCCGGCAGCUGUUCCAGAGCGUGAAGGAGAAAAUCACCGGAGCUCCCUCCUUGGAGUGCGCAGAGGAGAUCCUCUUGCGGCUGGAGGAGACUGACGAAAAUUUUCACAACUAUGAAUUUGUGAAAUACCUCAGACAGCACAUAUGUAACACACUAGGGUCUAUGAUUGAAGAAGAAAUGGAAAAAUGCACAUCUGAUCAGAAUCAGGGGGAGGAGUCUGGCUACGACACCGUUGUACAGCAUGUUACCAAAAGAACACAGGAGUCCAAAGAGUAUAAGGAAAUGAUGCAUUCUCUGAAGAACAUGAUGAUGGUGGUGGUCCAGUCAAUGAUCAACAAAUCUGAGGAAGAUGAGACCCGAAGUCAGGACAGGCAGAGGAAAAUGCAGAAGGAGCAGAGUGGCAGCUGCUGCACAGACAAUUGCUCCGACAGUGACUCCUCCUUCAAUCAGAGUUACAAAUUUUGUCAAGGGAAACUACAAUUGAUUUUAGAUCAGUUGGAUCCUGGGCAACCUAAAGAGGUGAGGUAUGAAGCAUUACAGACAUUAUGCUCCGCUCCCCCAUCCGAUGUCCUGGGCUGUGAAAACUGGACUGCUCUCUGCGAAAAGCUGACCACAUCGCUGUCUGAUCCUGACCCUAUGUUCACUGAUCGUAUUUUAAAGUUCUACGCACAGACUUUUACACUCUCACCCUUACACAUGACCAAGGAAAUUUAUACAAGCUUAGCUAAAUAUCUGGAGUUGUAUUUUCUUUCUAGAGAAAAUCACCUUCCUACACUUUCAACUGGAGUAGACAUAACCAGUCCCAAUGUGACCCGCUUACUGAAAAAGGUUCGCCUUCUGAAUGAAUAUCAGAAAGAGGCCCCAUCUUUUUGGAUUCGUCACCCAGAAAAGUACAUGGAGGAGAUUGUGGAGAGCACGCUGUCCUUGCUGUCGGUCAGACAUGAGCACGGCCACCUGGUGUCACAGAAGGUUUUGGAUCCGGUCUGUUACUUUGCCUUAGUUGAUACUGAGGCUGUGUGGUUCAAAAAAUGGAUGCAUGCAUAUUACAGCAGAACUGCAGUACUGAGACUUCUUGAAAAGAAAUAUAAAUGUCUGAUAACUACUGCAGUUCAGCAGUGUGUUCAGUACCUGGAAUUGUGUGAGGCUAUGAAAGCUGAUGAAAUUUUAAGACGUCCAAAGCAUUGUGGAAACAAGCAAAAAAAUUUCUACUACUCAGGACAAGAAUUACAAUACAUUUAUUUCAUUCACUCACUGUGCCUUUUAGGAAGAUUGUUGAUUUAUACACAAGGCAGGAAAUUAUUCCCCAUAAAGCUGAAGAAUAGAAAAGAUUCAGUAUCCCUCACAAAUCUUCUGGUUUUGUUUACUCAACUUAUCUAUUUUUCACCAAGUUGUCCAAAGAUGACAUCCGUUGUGUAUUCAGAGAAUUAUUCUCCUGCAAGUAUGGUGACCGAUGUUUUGCGGAUGCUCUGCGACCAGAAGGAAUGUGCCGUUGAGUGCUUAUACAACAGCACAGUGACAGAGGCGCUUCUCCAGCCCAUUCAUAACCUGAUGAAAGGAAGUGCGGCUGCUCCAGAUUGCUCUGAAACAGCUCUAAUUCACAUAGCUGAUAUUUUGGCAAGAAUCGCUUCUGUAGAGGAAGGACUUAUUUUACUUCUGUAUGGAGAAAAUAUGAACUCUUCUGAAGAAGAGAGUCCUACAGGUGCUCAUAUAAUAGCCAAGUUUUCAAAGAAACUCCUUGAAGAAGAUAUUUCGAUUUUUUCUGGAUCGGAAAUGUUGCCUGCAGUUAAAGGAGCAUUUAUUUCUGUGUGUCGUCAGAUAUAUGGGACAUGUGAAGGCUUGCAGGUGCUGCUUCCUUAUGGUUUACAUGAAUCUAUAGCAAAGGCAUGGAAGAAGACAAGCUUGCUGUCAGAGAGGAUCCCCACUCCAGUCGAGGGCUGUGAGUCAGUGUCCUCAGUGAGCCAGGAGUCUCCCAACAGUGUGGCUUGGGAGGACAAUUUGUUGGAUGAUUUACUCAAUUUUGCAGCCACUCCCAAAGGACUGCUGCUUCUUCAGAGAACAGGUGCCAUCAAUGAAUGUGUGACAUUUAUGUUCAGCCAAUAUGCAAAAAAGCCACAGAUCAACAGGCAGAAGAAGUUUGGCUAUGAAGUCUUGGUUGUGCAGGUGGCAUCCACAGCAGCAGGCGCAGUGGCUCUACAGAAUUCAGGCUUCAUUAGUGCGCUUAUAACUGAGUUAUGGUCCAACCUUGAAUGUGGAAGAGAUGAUAUAAGGCUAACUCAUCCCAGAGCUACCCCAGUGGACCCAAUUGACCGAAGCUGUCAGAAGUCCUUUCUUGCGCUGGUGAAUCUGCUGUCCUACCCUGCAGUGUAUGAGCUAACUGGCAACCAGGAGCUUCCUAAUAAGGCAGAGUAUUCUCUUCGUGAAGUUCCAACAUGCAUCAUCGAUAUAAUGGAUAGGCUUAUCGUUUUGAACUCUGAAGCUAAGAUCCGGUCUUUACUGAAUUAUGAACAAUCACACACCUUUGGUCUAAGGUUACUAAGUGUGGUAUGCUGUGAUCUGGAUGCGCUUCUCUUACUGGAGGCUCAGUAUCAAGUAUCCAACAUGUUAUUACAUGCUCAAGAAGAAAAUACCUUUGAGACUUCUGAGAACCACAGGAACUUUAUAAUUGAUGGAUUAUCAGUAGAGAGAAAUCAUGUUCUUGUAAGGAUUAAUCUCAUUGGUGGACCUUCAGAGCGGAUUUUGCCUCCAAGGAUGCUUGAGGAGGGGGAUGACCCGUAUCCUUGGCCCAUGUUUUCUUCAUAUCCACUGCCACACUGCUAUCUGUCAGAGGGUCCACGAAGUGCUGAUAUAAAACAAGACAAUGAUAUUGGAAACCUGUUAUCAUGUUUCAAAAUGUCUGAUAAACAAACGGAGUGGCUAGAAAACUGCCGAAGACAGUUCUGUAAAACAAUGAAGUCCAAGCCAGAUGCAGUCCGUGGAAGUGCUCUAGCAGAACUACUGGAAAAAUUUGUGCUUCUUCUCACUGAAAACCCAUCUGAAUGCUACUUCCCUUCAGUGGAAUACACAGCUACUGAUGCAAAUGUGAAGAAUGAAAGUCUCUCAUCUGUGCAGCAGCUUGGCAUUAAAAUGACUGUCAGGUAUGGGAAGUUUCUCAACUUGCUAAAAGACGGUGCAGAAAAUGAUUUUGCCUUGGUCUUAAAGCACUGUGAGAAAUUCCUGAAACAACAACAGUCUCCAGUCACUUCUUCUCUUUUGUGCCUGCAAGGCAGCUACGCAGGCCACGACUGGUUUGUGUCUUCUCUCUUCAUCAUCAUGCUGGGAGACAAAGAGAAGACACUCCACUUCCUCCAGCAUUUCUCCAGGCUUCUGACCUCUGCCUUCCUUUGGGUACCAAGGCUGCACAUUUCUAGGUACCUUCCUGUUGACACCCUGGAGACCGGCAUCCAUCCCAUAUAUUUUUGCAGUGCUCACUACAUUGAGAUGCUGCUGAAGGCUGAGGUGCCGCUUGUGUUUUCGGCUUUCCACAUGUCUGGGUUUGCUCCAUCGCAGAUUUGCCUGCAGUGGAUAACUCAGUGUUUUUGGAAUUACUUAGAUUGGAUAGAAAUAUGUCAUUAUAUUGCUACUUGUGUUGUCCUUGGUCCUGACUACCAAGUGUACGUCUGCAUAGCCAUUCUCAAACAUCUGCAGCGAGACAUUCUCCAGCACACCCAGACUCAAGAUCUGCAAGUCUUUCUCAAAGAAGAAGCACUGCGUGGGUUUCGAGUGAGCAACUAUUUUGAAUACAUGGAGGUUUUGGAGCAAAACUACCGACCAGUGCUGCUGCGAGACAUGCGCAGCAUCCGCGUGCAGAGCGCAUAGAUCAGGAUGCGCAUGUGCAGCAUCCGCGUGCGGAGCGCAUAGAUCAGGAUGAGCACGCUCAAAUUUUAUGCUCUAUUCAUUUGUAAAGGAGACAGACAACUUGAUGAUGUUCUGUGUACAUCUGUAAGAUGCUCUGUGUGUCCAUGCUCUGUAAAUUGGCACUGCGGGGUUUGAAACAGAAUAUAUUUGUGUUGCUCUUUGCUCAGCGUGUGAAAUGAAGUGAGUUCAUUUGUGAUGUCCCUUGUUCUUAAAAUUUUUAGGAUCAGUUCCAGGUUAUAGUUUUUAUUUUAUGUUUGGCUUACAAAGGGAUCAAAGACAUUAAAGUAGAACCUAAACAUUUGAAACUACUAGAAGAAAAACUCUUGAAAAUAUGAACAUAGCCAAUGGCUUCUGAGUAAAAUCCCAAUAGCUAAGGAAAUAAAAGCAAGCAUAGACAGAUUGCACAAUGUACUUGCAUAGUAAAAGAAAGGGAAGCUAGGGUAUAAGCCACAGAAAAUCCUAGGCAAUUAUUCACCCGUUAAAGGGAUAAGAUUUAGAACAUAUGUUGAACUUAGUUAAUUACAGAAUUGUAAAAGAGCAAAAAGACUGCAGUCAACAAAUGGCCAAGGGAGGGAGGGAGCAGACCCUUCAAAUGAUGGCGUAUCCAUGGAAAACAAGAGCAUAAAGAGAGGCUCUUUACCUUUAUCCACCUGGAGAAUGCCCAUAACUACUUUACCUCAUCAAAAUGGCCAUCACCAAGAAAAUCAGUGCAGUCAGGACUGGUGCAGGGAGGGAGCUUAGGAAUUGCUAGUGGCUAUGUAAAUUCAUUUAGCUAAUCGGUGUGGAGGUUCCUCAAAAAGCUAAAACGUGACCUAGCCAUACAACUUGCAUGAUAUAAAUAAAUACAUAAAUGCCAAGUGACAAUGGAGAUCCCUGCACAUAUUUGUUUAUCAUGACACUACUCACAAUACUCAGGUUAUGGAAUAUGCCAAAGUAUUCAUGGCAUGUGACCACAAUAGGGAUUUACUUGGCCACAAGAAUGAAAUGAAGCACCUGCAGGAAAUUAGAAUGGGACAUCAUGUUGGGUGAUAAAAGCCAGACACCUAAAGAUAUGUACACAUGUUUUAUCUCCUUCGUGGACACUGGAGGUGGUGCAUUAUAAUAAAAAAAUAAGCAGUGGGAAAGGUGCAGGGAUUCUAAGGAUGUAGUGGAGGUCUGGCUCAGUGGGUAAAGGCACUUGCCUCCAAGCCUGACAGUUUGGUGUCAACCCCUCACACCCAUGUGGUCAAAAAAGGACUCUCAAGACCUACUCUCUGACUUCCAAAUGCACACUAUAGAUGUGCCUGGAACUGUGAAGUAAAAUGUUUUUAAAAAUAAAGGAGUAAUGUGAGACACAAAGAAGCAAAGUAUAUUGUAUGUGUGUUGGGAAUGUCAUACUGAAACCCUUUAUACGAUUAAUACAGUUUUUAAAUUAAAUGUCCCAGCACCUAUAUCCUUUCUACUGUGGUAAUAUUUUUUCUAAUGCUAUUGGGAGGAAGAAGCAAUAUUUUUCUAAAGAAGAAAUGAAGGAAAGAAGGAAGGAGGAGGAAUGGAAGGGAUGAGAAGGAACAAAACUCUGAGUACUAGAAAGAGUAUAGAGACAUGGAACAAAAGCCAGUUGUCUUCAUUUUUGUGACAUUACUGAGGGAAGAACACAGACAACAACCCGAUUGCUUAUUUCUCCCAUGGAGAAACAAAGGAUCCUACCAGGACAUUGUCCUCACAUUUGAUGGUCUUUCUAAGAGGCACUUUUCAUAUUGAUAUCAAUUUCUAUUUUUCAUUUGAAAUAUAAAACUCACAUGGUUCAUUUAGAAGACAGAUUGGCUCCCUUGUGCUGAUAAACAUUCUGCUGUUUCUUGGCAUUUCUUGGUGAUUUGAUUUGUGCUGGACUCAAAAACAUUAAGAAGAAUAGAUUUCUAAAUUGAAGUGAUCCACACUGUGUUUUAUUUAGACAGAACUCUGUGCCCAUAAGAUUAACAUGUAAGGGCCUGUUUUUGUCCUUUUUAAAAAAUAACUUUCCAUUUACUGUUUAAAAGCCAAUACUCUAAUAUGCUAUUAAUUUACCAAUUUCAGUUUUGAAAAAAUUAUAUUGAUUAUUGUGUGUUCUUACCUUAUAUAACCAUAACCAUACAUUUUAAAUUAAUACUACUUUUUCUCUCUUCUACCAAAAUGAGCCAGGCCCAAAUUUAUUUUUGUCAGCAUUGGAGGCAACUGGUUCUGUACAAUUUUGAAUUUAGGGACAUUUAGGCAUUUGAAAUAUGAUUCUUCCCAAAUCAGUUUCUGUACUGUCCAUGCCAACAGUAGCUUUCCAGUAAUAGUGUAGUUAAAGGGCAUUGUAAAUUGGAGGAAGGUAAAUUGAGCAAGUUAAUUAGAUUCAGUGCACAUCUGGCUCCUAGCAAGUGAGUGACGUGGGUGAUGACCCCAACAAGUUCUCGGUCUGCAGAGCACCUCUGUGGAGCCGGAGUGCAUGCUGAGGGUUCCAAUGCCCUGUGUUCUCGAGUGAUGGAUGCUCUUAGUGCUAAGAGGCCAGAACCUUUUCUCAUGGGGAAGCUCUUGCAGAGAAAUAUAUACAUCAUCAGUGAUGCAUGGCGUUUAUUGGAAAUUCAGGAAACAUCUAUAGCAUGACAAUUACAUCUUGCAAAAAGUGAUGUCAUCUGAUUCAGAUUUUGUUUUUGAUAAAUUAGAAACUAGACAUAGUGGUUCAUACUGGUGAUCCCAGCACUCGAGAAACAACAGUGUCUUCCAUCAAUGCAAGGUACGGGCCAAGUAGGACUUCAUAGUAAAACCCCAUAUCAAAAAAAAAAAA